CCCCGACAACGCACGUGUCAGACAAACAGUCAAUAACAGUUUGGUCAAUUUAUUUCCAUGGAUACAUCCAGGAGCCCUUCUUGACGAUAACGGUGCCCUUUUCUUCCCAAGUGUAAGCGCUCGCUGUGAUCCACCUACCGCUGCAAAAACAAAGGCUCUGUGCCCCUCGACUGCUCUUCGGCUUCGAGAUAUCCCCGCUUCCACUAGCCAACAUCUAGUCGAUCUCCAAGGAGCUUCUUUGAACGCCAUGAAUUGGGCAGAUCAGUAUGACGGACGCUCCUUCAUCUACGGAGAAGACGGCCACUCCAUACCCCAAGCCAACCGCCCCGCCAUACCGACUUCCAAACCCAAUCCUCAUCGUUCUCCUCCACCCCUACCAACGAGAUCAACUGACCCCCACGAAAACAUCCACGCCUGGCUUUCAGGCGUCACGAUCGACGAGGAACAUAAACCGCUCGCAUCAGACAUCUUCCACGCGCUGGGGCAAAUCCAAAGUAAAGCUACGGGCCACUACAACGACUUGGACGAACACCACGCGGCGGAGAAGCAGCCUGGUCCGACGGUGAACGUCCACACCAUGGGUCCGGGCUUCAUCGGCCGCGCGCCGGCGUUUGGGACGUCAGAGUUCUUUGCGAAUCUGGUUGUUGUGGGGAUUUUGUUGUUGUUUGCGCCGGGGUUUACGAUUCUUGCGGCGGGGGUGUUUUUUACGUCUAGGGUUGCGGAACGGUGGGCUGGGCAGGAGUGAGGUUCGUGUAGGAGGAAGAGAAGGUGUGUGUGUGUGUGUGUGUGUGUGUGUGUGUG